AUGAAUGAUCAGCGUGCCACUCUUCCUGCCUUCUCGGGACUUGGGGCAUCGGCCGGAACCCAAUCACUUUUGGGUUCUAGGGACGCAGUCGGAGAUCUGACAGACGGAGGCCAAAUCAUUAAUUCAGGUCGUGAAUUCGCCCGCCUGACCACUAGCCACGUCCGAUCGACUCGCCGAUCAGGCACUGAUUCAGAUGCCAAGUCAUCCCAGGAGGACUGCUUUGGUGUGGCCAGCACCGUGUCGGAAACUGAUAGCCACAAUAGACCGCAUCAUUCUCGUAAUCGGAGUGAUCUUUCCACUUCCGUGUCACCGACAGCCACUACUUCGUCUUGCACCCAGGAAGUGGGAGAUAGAUCAGGUCAUGAUGGUGAGGUUGUUGACUCGAAUGCAACUCUGUCGCCUCUCUCUCGUCGCCGAGGCCUCGGUGUCCGAUCCAAUUGGUCUUUGCGUGUACGCGGUAGUCAGGCUGCUGGCCUUAUCACACGUCGGGACGUCAAGUCGCCACAAGAAGCUACUGAUCCGGUAAAGUCUGCAGGGCAGUCUUGGCAGAUCAGUGAGAGUCAAACGACUGCAGAGGCAGCUCAGGCGGUCGUGACGAGAAACCCAAACGGCACUGGCAACUGUGUUGGCAGGACUAGUGCUGAAGUGUCUUGUCAAGACAUACACUCUUUGCCUACCGGACCCGAGGAUGACGCCUUUUUCGAUAUGAUUCUCCGAUUGCAGGUACGAUUGGCCCUAUUUUGCCUUUAA